ACUUCGUGUGCAGCCAUCAAGUGGGCGUUUCUUUUAUUCCCCAGCUGGGGUCAUCUAGCAAACCAAAAACACCCGCGCAAAUCCCGAUGUGAAGCCCCAGGAGUCAUAGCAACCACCUCGAUCGGUUCUGGGUCACCAGAAUUGGCAUACUUGAUCAUUUUGUGGAUUAUCAAUGUGGAGAUCUAAGGUGAGCUUCUGCAGAAAUGCAUCGCAGGGACAUGUUGACCAGGUGGACUUUACAGACUGAUUGAAGUACUGCUGCUGAUCACUCUUUGAGCUGUCAUUAGAGUCAAAUCAUAACACUGCUGCUAGCCACCGAGGCCAUGACAUGUCAAAAAUGGACACAGAUGGAAAAACACAACAAACCGGCCUUUUAAAGACGGUUUUUGUAGAGUAAACACAUGAAAUACAACAAAUUGCUAAUAGGCUAACUGAAUUCAUUUACUUCAUUUAAACCAAAGUAAAAUUAAAGCCUACGGAUGUAAAUGUGGAAACAAAUUAAUUCAAUUUCUGACGCAAUUCAAUGCGCUCGCGACCCUCGAAUUAAUUGAUAACCGCGAAAAUCUCAAUGAUUCCAGAGAGAAAAUUGUAAAACUUGUGUACCACGAUACAUUUACUUCCCGUGUUUGGUUACAUUUCCGUCGGUGAGUGCAGAGAAAGGAAACAUAGCAAUGAGAUAAGUUUGUUUCGUGUCUUUAAGUGUCUUUAUAUCAUAAAUGUUCUCGAGGAAACUAUGUUCUGUUUUUUUGUAGCUUAAAGAGUCCUGUUAGCUCUGAGCUUUAUCAAACGAGGCCUUAAAGAAUCAAAUUUAUGGAAACUGCUCUAUAUAGUCCAAUUUAAAGUCAGUGUUGUUGAGAGGAAAGAUGUUAAACAGGACAAUUUAUUCGCAUCCAUUUGUGGUUCACUCGUGGGAAUAAUGGCUUAAAUAGUGUUUUUAAAUAGUGUUUUUAAGCUCAGUUUUUAUUGUUCCUGAGUCUCAAGUCUGGCUCCCAGAUUUUUUUGACUUGUGACCCUUUUGUAUGAAGCACAGUUUACUUUUCUCCUCUUAUCACAAGGUACAUAUCUGAUAUAUCAGAGCAGUUCAGUUGAACAGUUGUAUUUCUGUGUGGUAGUUUUUCACUGAGAAAUAUAGUAAGAUAUAAAAAUAGUAUAUAAGCUAAACUGUUUAAUAUAUUACCAGUAAAUAGGUAAAGUCAAAAGUUAGAAAAAGCAACUUUAUAAAGCAACAUUUGCAUAAUAUCAAUUAAAUGUCCACCCUGUUUCAGUUGAAAAGUUGUAUUUCUGUGUGGUAGUUUUAACUCAGAAAUGUGUAUAAGCUAAACUGUUCAAUAUAUAUAUAUAUAGGCAAAUUUAAAAGAGAGAAAAAAUUAAAAAAGGAAAUACACUUCCUGAAAUAAAUGCAACUUUAUAAGGCAAAAUUUGCAUCAAUAUAUCAAUUAAAUGUCCACCCUGCUUCAAUGAAAAGGUGGCAUUCCUGUUUUGUCGAGUCUCUCUUAUUUGCUGGUUUGGACCUCUAAUUUAGAGAAAAAUAAAUGUAGUUUUCAAGCUGCUGCCAUCUGGUUGCAGAUAAACUCUGCCAAGAUGCAGCACUAAAAUAAAAGAACAAUAAUUAGUCCCUGGUACCAUUAACUUCCUUGAUGGCAUCACACGAGUCUUUGUCACCUUGAGGUGUACAUUUUAGUGUGGAUAUCAGUGCCUGUUGUAUAAUUCUCUGUGUUUUAUUCGAUGCUGACUCUAAAACAAAUUGCCCCUCUAGAACACAAACUAAGGAAAAAUUGAUCUAAAACCAAUUUCUGUUUGUAUUUACACAGCAGACAGUGUUUCAGCAUGAGCACAGGCCCAAGGACACAAGCUGCUUUCAUCCAGGGAAACCAUACUGCUGUGGACCAGGAUGCUUCCCACCCAGCUCUUUUCUACCUUUUUCAAGAAGUUGCUAAACUUUCUUCUCCCAUCCACAACAGCUUCCUCCACACAAAUUCAACUUCCACCUGGCUGAAUGAGACCUCUGGAGAAAUUCCUCUCAUAGUUAAAGAAGAAGAAGAGGAUGCGCAGUCAUUGAACAUCCCCAAUAGUUCCCCCCAGCAUGGUUUUUCUUGUUUAUCACCUUAUAAACAGAUUGAAAGAGUGAAUUUGGAAAGUUACAGCAGCAAAGACACAGCUUCACUUCAUCUGCAUCCUGAAUGCAACAGCCCCUGGGAAGCACUGAGUCUGAUCAACCUGCAGUGUGAGCAGCUUCUGAAUCACAGCGAUGAAGAGGAGUCAGAGCAAAGUUUUGUAACAUCCGCCGCAAAAUUAGGCAAUUCAAUCGACAGUGCAUCGACUAUAUCGGCAGAUGAAACAGAUCAGGGGGGAAAUUCUCAAAUUCUCACAGCUGAUGUCAGUUCUAGUAAAGAUAGGAAAGGGGUGUGCAGCAGAGGAGCUGAUGGAUGUAAACCACCAUGCUGUGUAGAGGACUCUGAGAUGGGCCUUUGUGAUCUGGCACAGACUGCUGAAAAACCGAACACUUUGAGACAAGAGCAGGCCGAGGAAAAUGUAUGCACAUCCUCUCAACGACACAAAGACACAAAGAUCGAUGAAAGCGGGCAAAUUGGGUUGUACCAGGCAUGUAAUAAUUGUGUCUCUACUAAAGGAGAUGUUUUGAAUGUUCUCUUAAAUGAAAAUACCAAACUACGUUUUAAUUCAAAUGAACAAACGAACGCAGUUUUGUCAAAACCAGUUCAAACACUGGACCACAAUGAAAACCUCGUCACUGCAGAACUCCAAAGUGACACAAAACCGCCUCCUCUGAGUUCAGGUCUUUUAGUAAACACCGCAGAACCUUGCCACUCACUCUCAAACCAAGAUGACAUAUUCACAGCAUCUAGAUCAGGCUACUCCGGUGCUCCCAUUGAGGACAAACCUGCUCAAGUUGCACAACUUAAAUUCUCAAACCCCUCAUAUUCUGCAACACAAGAGCUUGAGUCCAGACCAGCACGUCAGGAGGAAUUCGCCUCCCUUUCUACACAGAAGUGGAAAACCAAGACUCCUAGAAAACAACGCCAUCCAAGCCGGAGUGUGGACAUCCAAGAUCCAGAUUUCCAGGGUGUGAUUUUCAGGAUGGACACAGAGCUAGAGGGUGGACAGUGCCGGCUUCUUAUAACUUCCAAGUACAGGUAGUGGUGGAUGUGUGACAGUUUUGCUCGGGACUGUGGAGGGUGAUGAUGAAAGUUGAAUUUUGCUCAAUGAAAUGUACGCACAUGAUAAGUGUCUUCUUCUUGUGUACCCCAACAGUAAGGAGCUACGCAAGAGUGUAAAAAAACCCAAGCUGAGGACGCGAACUACCCAGAGAUCCCUAAGAACCAGCAGCCCAAUGACCGGAGCUUCCAGUGAGAGAAUUUCAAGUACCUGCAGUAAAGUUAUAUAACUUAUCUUUGAGUGAACUGAAUAGAGUCUAAAAUGACGUUUAACAAAAGGGAGUGAAGUGUUUCGCAUAAGGAUUCAAAAACUGUAAUCAGUUUUCAAUCCAGACACAAAUAUGAAAUAGGCACUUGUAAGUUUGCUUACUCAUAUUUCUUUGUAACAUUUAUUUAUCAAAAGUAUCACAUUUAUACCAUAAAUAAAAUAAUUUUAUAAUCCAAUCCAAUUCAGGUUUGUUUAUAUAGCACUAACAAUAAAACAAGACACAGGAACACAUUAAAAACAGGGGGACAUAGAUGGUUCAAUAAAAACAUGAUUAAAAGGCCGAGUUCUCAGGAGUUAAAAGCCAGGGAGUAAAAGGGCGUUUUCAAAUUUGAUUUAAAAACAGGCAGUGAGGGGAACAGUUGGACAUGAAGGGGAAGAGCAUUCCAGAGUUUAGGCGCAGCAACGGGAAAAGCCCUGUCACCCCUGAACUUCAACCUUGACCUAGGGACAGUCAGAAGGCACUGGUCAGAGGAUAUGAGAGUCCGAGAUGAAAUAUGGAGUUUUAAAAGGUCAGAGAGAUAAAAAAGGAGCAAGCCCGUUUAAAGAUUUAUAAGUUAAUAUUAAAAUUUAAAAUCAAUCCUAAAACGCACAGGAAGCCAGUGAAGAGAGGCUAAAAUCAGGGCAAUGUGGUCAUGUUUACGGCGACCAGAUAAAACACGAGCUGCAGCAUUUUGAACAAGCUGUAAACAAUUGAGACAGGUUUGGCUGGCACCAAAAUAAAGUGCAUUGCAAUAAUCAAGAAGAGUUGUGAUAAAAGCACGCAUAACCUUCUCAAAAUCAUUAAAAGAUAAAAAAGACUUGACCUUGUUUAAAAGACGAAGAUGAUAAAAACUAUAAGUGCUGGUACAGCUUCAUAAUAACAUAACUUCAUGCAUUUGCAUUAGCCUAUUCUCUCCACUUGAGGGCAUCACCGCACCAACACAUGGGCACACACAUUCACUAAACAUUGUACAUUGUGGUGUACAGUUUGACAAACAUUAAAGAGACCUGGAUAAAUAUCCUGAGGGCACGGUCAGAAUAAUGUGAGAAACUCAAUAUGAACUCUAACAUGCACGUUUUUCUUUCGGCUGCAGAAAGUUUCCUCAUCACUUUGAAGCCAGACAGACAGACACCCCGUCUUACAAGACAGUUGCUGUGGUGUCAUCUAGCAGUCUAGUGUAUAACCCCCAAUCUUGCCAGUUGCUCAGGCUCCCUCUCUUACUGUUAAAUUAAUACAAACUGUACUUGCAACAUGAAAGUUAGAGUAAACAUAGACAUAGUUUUAACUAAUAACAUCAUUUUAUUUAAUGCACAAGUCUUGUUAAGACAUUUUAAGUGACACUACGUAUUGGACUGUUUUAGGCCCUAAACUAUUGUAUUAAUUUUAUGACUUAAACAUAAUUUUUAAUUUUUAGAAAAAAAAAAUUGUAAAAAAGGAGUUAACCGUUAAACUCAGUUUUGCAGCAGAUAAAGAAUUUCUUUCUCUUCUUUCCCAGAGGAUAAAAUGUGUGCAUCAUGCUGUACCACGAAGACCCCCGUGUGGAGGGAUGCAGAGGAUGGGACCCCGCUCUGUAAUGCUUGUGGGAUAAGGUAGUUCACAUGAACACAAAUGCAACACUUUGUCAGAUCACUAGAGUUCAAUCUUUACUGACUUUAACCUGUGCAGAAAGAGGUUUGAUUUUCCCAAUAAGCUGUAACUUUAUGGCUCGUAAUACCGCAUGAUCAUUACAGAAAUGUUUUAGAAAACUAGUUUUCAAAUAGAAAAACACAUUUCAAAUCAGACUGCAUUUAGCUGUUAAUCAAGAUUUUACUGUGGGGUUUCCUGCUGUAUGAUCUGAAAGUGAUCGUGGUUUAUGGACCUUUUUGUUUUUGAAGCACAACACCUGAAACGUCAAAACUAGAAUCAGUUUGACUCCACUUUAUACGGAUGUAACUUUGAAUCGUUUGCAGAGGUGUGAGAACAAAAAAAUUACAUACACUUUAAGAACAUGCAAUAAUUUCCACCCUGCACUAGUUUGAGGAUGAUUUUUCCUUUUUUGAUAAUGCUGACCUACAAAAAUAACACAAGAGGAAUGAUGCUACAGGAAUAAACACUACUGCAUUGUGUUUUUUUUAUCUCUGCUUUUGCAGGUAUAAGAAGUACAGAGUGCGCUGUGCCAACUGUUGGCAUAUUCCCAGAAAAGAGAGUAACUCUAACUCAUGCUGCCUCAAGUGUGGAAACUUUGUGAAGCUGACCUCAGCCCAGCGAAAACACACCGUAUAGGAAACAUACGCCUCGCAAAGGUCUUCAUAUCCACAUGUGACAAUUCUCCACACAAAUACAAACACAUACACACUUGUAGAAGCAGUUUUAAGACUAUACUCACUUUGGUUCUGUUCUAUGGUGGAGCUGAAAAUAAGUUUGCUUUCUUGAAAAAAGAACAGGUUAAAAAAAAACACACCUCAAAAAAAUGGAGGAAAGAUCAACUGUGCUUCAGUUUUUAUUGCACUGAUGUUGUAAGAACUCCCUCCUAAUCCGCACAGGGCAGGAGUUGGAAAUUGUUAUGGCAUAUUGAAAAAACGAUAAGCACGGUGUGUUUGUUGAAUUUUUUCUCCAAUUUAUCUUAAGUUUAUUUGUUUGUAAUGUUCUGUGGUGAUGGAUGAUUAACCAAAAAUCCCAACAGUGUUCGCCUCUCUUGAUUCCUGACAGUAAGAUCGUCUAACAAGUUUAGCUUGAGUUGCUUGAGUUUAAAAUCAUUUAUGUUGUUGUUUUGAAGUUUCUUUUUGCCUCGUUUGUUUUGGGUGAUAUUGGUUUAAUUGGUGCACUGAUCUUUGGAGAAUCGGAGGAGAAAAGGCAUUAUCUGUGUGAGUUUUCCAUGUGCUUUGAGAUGCAUUAAAUCCUCUAUGAAUCAUCCAA